UGAUAUUUAACAAAGGAAAUGCUGUUAAUUGCAGGCAAUACGCAGGCAAAUGACUGCGUGCCGCGGGAGCUUGAUUUCGGCAUCGUAUGCGUUUGUAAUGCAACGUAUUGUGACGACACGCCGGAUAACAACCCGAGAAUCCCAGAGAACGGGUCCGUUUAUUGGUACGUUUCGAGCAAAGGUGGACUGAGGCUGAACUUGUCACAGGCGCAUUUCAAUUCCUGUGAAGCGUCAAACGACACGCCCGUCCUAACCGUAGAUCCAUCGAGAAGAUAUCAAACGAUCUUCGGUUUUGGUGGUGCUUUUACGGACUCGACGGGAAUAAAUAUCGGGAAUCUCAGUCGAGCUGCUCAGGACCAAAUAAUUCGGACGUACUUCGGCAGAAACGGAAGCAGGUACUCGUUAGGUCGUAUACCAAUCGGUGGAACCGAUUUCUCUACGAGGCCUUACACGUACGAUGACUCUGCCGACGACGUGUCACUGCGAUAUUUCAGUCUCGCUCCAGAAGAUUACAAUUAUAAAAUACCAUAUAUAAGGAGAGCCAUUGAAUUAAACCCUGACUUGAGAUUCUUCAGCUCCGCCUGGUCAGCUCCAGCAUGGAUGAAAACUAAUCAACGAAUCAAUGGAUUACUUGGCUUCCUGGAAAGAAGAUACUAUGGGACUUAUGUCGACUACUUGAUCAGAUUUCUGCAGGAAUAUAGAAACAAUGGCAUCAAUGUAUGGGGGAUUUCAACAGGAAAUGAGCCGUUCAAUGCAUUUGUACCUUUCGAUAGGCUUAACGUUAUGGCAUGGACACCGAGGACUGUUUCCGAAUGGGUCGCUGAUUAUGCUGGCCCGAUGUUAGAAAACUCCGAAUUCAACGGGACAAAACUCCUCCUUCUGGACGAUCAGAGAUUCGAAUUACCUUGGGUUGCAGCGAUAGUUUUUCAAAAUCCGAAAGCGAAACGCUACAUUAGUGGCACAGCUGUGCAUUGGUAUUUCGACCAAUUCUUCCCAUCGUCGAUAUUAGAUACCACGCACAAUCUUUCUCCGGAUAAAUUCAUCCUCAUGACUGAGGCGUGUACAGGUGACGGAAUGCUGGAUUAUCCAAAGGUUGCCUUAGGCUCGUGGGAAAGAGGGCAGGAAUACAUUUUAAGUAUAAUAGAGUAUAUGAACCACUGGGGAAUCGGAUGGAUAGAUUGGAAUUUAGUUUUGAACAAGCAGGGUGGACCAAAUUGGAUUGCUAAUUACGUCGAUGCACCCAUCAUUGUUAAUCCAGAGACUGAUGAAUUUUUCAAACAGCCGAUGUACUAUGCCCUUAAACACUUCAGCAGAUUUGUCGAAAGGGGCUCCGUCAGAAUAAAUAUUAACAACAAUCUUUCUAGUGUAAAAUCUACAGCCUUUGUAACGCCAUCGAAUGAAGUCGUGGUUGUUUUAUAUAACAGAAGUAACAGAGAAGAAGAUGUUGUUCUCGAAGAUCCGAAUAACGGUCCUGUUUGCCUAACGUUACUUCCAUACUCCAUAAACACCAUAAUUUACGCACAAUGAAACUUGCAACUUGCGUGGGAUAAAUAUUGUUCUAUUAAUAUAUCGUACUAUAUCGCAAUUAUAAAAUAUUUUGUUUAUUCAUUAAUGUACAAAUAUAUACAUACGUAUUAAAUAUAUAUAAAAUACAAAUAAAAAUA